GUGACUGAAUGAGCCAGGAAACUACUGCUUUCAGCGUGCACAGUGGGAAAGUUGACAAAAAUGGGUUCUCCGGAGAAGCUCGGGGGCCUCCGUGUUUUGUGGCUUCUGUCCGUGUUUGACGUGGCGCUGCUGCUGGACUCGGGCAUGCUCUACCCCCGGGAGUCCUCCUCCAGGGAGGUGAAGGAGCUGAACGGGCUGUGGGUCUUCAGGGCUGAUAAGUCCUCAAAUAGGAACCAGGGUUUCGAAAGGGCCUGGUACAAAAGCCGCCUGGCAGAGACGGGCCCUGUGAUUGACAUGCCAGUUCCUGCCAGCUACAACGACAUCACGCAGGACCCCACUCUGAGAAAUUUCAUCGGCUGGGUGUGGUACGAGCGGGAGGUGGUGCUGCCUGCUCGCUGGAUCACAGAUGAGGGCACACGGGUGGUUCUCAGAGUGGGAAGCGCUCACUAUUAUUCGGUUGUGUGGGUGAAUGGGGUGGAGGUGAUGGAGCACGCCGGUGGUCAUCUUCCCUUCGAGGCCGACAUCAGCAGUUUAAUCCGAAAGGACCCGACCAUGCCCUGCAGGAUCACCAUCGCAGUCAACAACACCCUGACCCUGCAAACGCUCCCCCCAGGCAGCAUCCAGCACUUGAAUGACCCCACCAAGUAUCCGGAUGGGUUUUUUGUGCAGAGUAUUGCCUUUGAUUUCUUCAACUAUGCUGGGAUACAUCGCCCUGUGCUGCUGUACACCACACCUAAAGCGUAUGUGGACGACAUCACGGUGGUGACCGACUUCUUGGAUAGCACUGGACUGGUCAAAUACAACGUGUCAGUGAAGGGUGCAUCCACAGCCACUAUGAAAGUCACUUUGAUGGACAGAGAAGGCCACUGUGUGGCCUCCUCCACCGAGCCUUCAGGAGUGCUCAAAGUGGGAGAUGUGAAGCUGUGGUGGCCGUACCUGAUGCACGAGAACCCGGGUUAUCUCUACUCCAUGGAGGUUCGUGUUACGGCAGCUGAUGAGAGGGCGACAUACGAGGAUGUUUACGCUUUACCAGUGGGCAUCCGCACAGUCAGCGUCACCAGCACGCAGUUCCUCAUCAACAACAAGCCCUUUUAUUUCCACGGGGUCAAUAAGCACGAGGACUCUGAUAUUCGAGGUAAAGGCCUGGACUGGCCCCUGAUAGUGAAGGACUUUAACUUGCUGAAGUGGCUGGGGGCCAACUCCUUCCGCACCAGCCACUACCCGUAUGCUGAGGAGAUCCUGCAGAUGUGUGACCGCCACGGCAUCGUGGUGAUAGACGAGUGCCCUGGGGUGGGCAUCAAAGACAUCCGCAGCUUCGGAAACGCCUCCCUGGAACACCACCUGGUGGUCAUGGACGAGCUCGUGCGCCGGGACAAGAACCACCCGUCCGUGGUGAUGUGGUCGGUGGCCAACGAGCCCGCGGCAGAGAUGCCUCCCGCUGAACACUAUUUCAAGACUGUGAUAAAACACACCAAAUCUCUGGACCCCACCCGCCCGGUCACCUAUAUCACAGACAGUAACUUUGCAAGAGACAAAGGGGCUGCCUUUGUGGAUGUAGUCUGCGUGAACAGCUACUUCUCCUGGUACCAUGACCCCGGCCACGUGGAGGUCAUCCCUAUCCAGCUCAACACUCAGUUUGAGAACUGGUAUGGAAAGUACAAGAAGCCCAUCAUCCAGAGUGAAUACGGAGCAGACGCGGUGCCGGGGGUCCACAGCGACCCCCCCUUGAUGUUCACUGAGGAGUACCAGAAAAUCGUCCUGCAGAGCUACCACGACGUGUUCGACCAGAAGAGGAAGCACUACGUUAUCGGCGAGCUCAUCUGGAACUUCGCCGACUUCAUGACCACUCAAGGGAUCACUCGCGUGGUGGGGAACAAGAAGGGUAUUUUCAGCCGCCAAAGACAACCCAAAGCAGCGGCUUUCAUCCUGAAGGAGCGGUACUGGAGGCUGGCAAAUGAAACGGGAAGACUCCCCUACUGGACCAAGUACCCCUGUGCACUUUGAACCCGGCGUUUAAGGCAUCUGCUCAAACUCAUGUAAGCUGUAAGAUCAAAUCAUGUUUGCACAAUAUUACAGUGUCAUUACAGUACAGCUGACAUCAACAUUCCAAGGUUUAGAUUUAGAGCUUUAAUUCAAAGGCUUUAUCAUUAAACUUAAGUUUAACUUAAGUUCAAUUAAUUAGAACUAUGAAAAUUAUUUUAAUUUAUAGAUUAAUUCUCAAAUCUUAAACCCACACAAGUCAACAAAGAGGGUUUUGGCCAUAACAUUAUGACCUCUUACUCUCUAUCCAGUAUUCUCCUGGGAAAACCUCAAAGUUGAGUAAAGCUAAGUAGGCAUGAGUGGAAAAUGUCCAUUUGACCUUUAUGUGUGAAAUGUUAGGCAGGUGGUCAUAAUGUUAUGGCUGAUUGGUGUUGAUCAAUCUGCCUGUGGUUUAACACCGGGUAAGUCUCUUGCAGUGUUAGACAUGAAUACCCUAAAGUGAGGGCAGAGUCUGCACCUUUCGGUCUAUAUUUGCUCGAUAACCGUAACCUCCUGUAACAGAUAAAACGGCAUUAAACCAAAACCAUUUACCACCGUGGUCAUCGUUCCCAGCACCACAAACACACAGCUAAACAUAUGUGCCGGUUUAAAAGCCAGUCCAGGUGAGCCAGUGGAGGGGUUUGUUCUUUCAUACAGGAUGUUCUACUGCUUAUGGGAAAAGGAGAAUGACUAAAUCUUUCUCCAACAAUUUGAUGCCAGCAUAGCUGGCAUGAGAGCUGCCUCUCUGCUCGUUUCACACGUCUUAGAGCAGCAUUUUAAUGGAGGUAAAAAACAGUCUGACGUCAGGCUGUGCUCAUUGUGCAGAAACAGAAGAACAGUUUCAACAUUUUUCUCUUAAUUUUUAAAACAUUAUUUUUUAAACAUGAUUUUAGACAGAUGUUUUCUUUGUGUAAUGAUAACUACAGUUUCAAGGCUGAAUCAGAUGAGAAAUGUUUAUUUUUCUAAGUGAAUACAAACAGUGAAACAGCUCGAUACGUUUCGGACGAGACAAUAAAGGAAAUGUACCUAAAAAGACAAAAUGCGGGCAUCAUUUUUACAUUUCCUGCACACUCUUUUUCUCUUGACCUGUCCUCAGUCUUCUGUGGCGCAACGUUUGGAGCAGUUUGAAGGGUUAAGUGACGUGACCACUGCUGACUGUGGCCUGAUCAGCCUAAUCGGACUCCUCACUAUCAGCAACGCUGCCUCGUCACAGGAUUGACCUUUGUGUCAUACAGAGACAUACAGAGACCUUAUUUAUAGGAUACUGUCGACAUUUACAUUUAAAAAAAUGUCAAACUUACUACAGAAUCUAUCAGCACAGCUGUUUAUGGGCCUUUUAAAUAAUAUCCACAUGUAUUACACAAUAAUAAAAGGUGUAUGAUCAGAAUAUGGCCCCACAAUCACUCAAAGUUUAGACAGUCAACUCUGUCUGGUCCAAGUACAGCACCGAUUCCAAAAAGGCUGAGAGGCUGUUUAAAAUGGAAAUAAAAAUAAACAAUUUAUUAUCAAUUUAUUCACAAUAGAGCACAGAAAACUUAAAAAUUUUAAAGUGAGACAUUUUGACAGAUUAAGAAGAAUAUCGGCUCAUUUUAAAGCGUCAGGAAGGGCAACAAAAAGGGGGGAAAUAAAAAUAGUACAUAAAUAUAACAGCGGGAGCAAAAGGCGUUCCGUCAACUUUAUCUGAAUGUGUAAUUAUUUGAUUACAAACCCAUUCAUAUAUUUUCCAAGAAGUUCUGCCCCUCUUUUCAGAUUAGUCAUUAUUAUGAACCAAUUCCCAAUAAGUUUCAGUGACAAACGGUUUCAGAGGGAAUGUUUUAAUGGUAGAUCAUUUCUGCAUGACAAUGACAGUUAAAAAUUUGCUCAUGUCAAUCUGCUCCACAGUUUUCUCCUUAAGGUAAGCUCGAUUUUAAACAAAAAUUGUGUUUUGUUUUUUUUUCUUUUUUUUCGCACCCUCCUACCAUUCAUGUAACACUUUUCCAUGUAAGAAAAUACAGCAUUUUAAAACAUAUUUGGCAAUACAGAAGCAAACCCAGUGAGUUUUUCCUCCACAAAGAAUUUUAAUAAACAUUUUCCGCCAACACGUGGAUUCCGAGCCCUCCAACCCCUCAACUUUUUUUUUUUUUUUAGUUUUUUUUUCUUGUUCGUUUUCUUUUAUUACUAAAAUAACCCCAAAUGUUAACAGUCUAUACAGCUAAAGGGCAUAAUUAAUUACGGGAGGGCAGGGGGCAUUACAAUCUUAUUUGAACAGUGUAUUCUUAGCUAACAAGUCUAGCUAACAAAAUAAAGAAAAUAAUCUUAUUGUGGAGUACAGAAAACCAGAGGAGAAAUGAGGGGCCAGUGAUUUGAUUUGACAGGUAUUUUGUCUGUUUCGGUGUGUUUUUUAAUUGAAGUCUUUGGGAAUAACCAAUUUAUGUGAUUCCAUCCUCAGGAAGGCAAGCAGAAGUGCCCGUUGCAGAUAGCAUUCUUGGUUUUACAAGGCAUUACUGUUGCUCGUCUUUGGCUCGAGGCCUAGUGAUCAAACAGAAGGCACUUUUGUUGGCAUUUGUGAUGCAACUAACAUGGCAGUUAUACCUCAGGGCCUAAAUUAAUAAUUAUGAGGAUGUAGUAGUUUUACAUUAAAAUCGCCUGUCAAACGCUCCACCUUCCUUCCCCCAUUUCUUUAAAGUGAGUUUUCACCGCUCAGUGUAAAGGGGGGUGCACACGGUCCGACUCAUCAGCGGCUGCCUAUUGAACAUUUGUCAGUUCUUCGUCAAAGAAAACAAAACAUGUGUCUAACCAGAAGGAAAGCUGCUUAUGUCAGUUUGAUCUUGGUGAAGGGGAAAAAGUAACAGAUGAAACCACGGCAGCGUGGUGGGUUGUGGGAGUAGAAACGAGGAAAGACCCUGACAGAGGUCUGACAAGGCAAUACCAGAGAUCACCGUUUAUGGAGAGCCCCGCAGCUUAAGGACCAUUAUGGGUUAUACUGCUUUUAUGCCAGUGAUAUUUAUCCACCUGUUUUCAGGAUAGCAGGAGGGGAGGGGGGCUGGAGUCUACGCUGGACGGUUCACCAGUCCAUCACAGGAAACGCCACACUCAAAACGGUCAGUUUAGGGUCAUCAGUUCACCUGACGGGCAUGCUUUUGGACGGUGGGAGCCAAAGUUCCCAGAAGAGGCUCCAGCUGGGAUUCAAACCAGAACCCUUUUUAUGUGAGGGGAGCACAGCCCCACGCAGACCCCAGUGGUGUCCAUCCAGGUAGAAAAAUAAAAACUAAACAAAAACAAACCUGUAGCUCUGCUGCACAGCCACCAGGGCCUUUUUUUCUUUUUCUGUACAGUGCAAAAAAUCAGGCAGCAACUCCUUCAUAAACAUUUACUGGGGAACUCAAACUUUCUCUCUCAGAGAAGCACAUUUAAACAACUACACAAAGUUGCUUUGUGGGUAAAUUCAGUGGCCCAUUGUGAUUUUUGUUUUUCCCCAAAAGAAAAAACACGAGGUGGAUUAUUCAUAAGUAGUGUUGCCCAUCGAAGCUGUUAGACUCACGUUGUUGACUCCAACCCAGAGGACAAACAUAGUGAAACGGUGAACAGUACAUUAGAUCGUCACAGUAAAGGAUUAAAAUAUCAUCGCCCCACAGAGAAACGGAAAAAUGAUGUUUGCUUUAGAAAAUGUCAAACAGUGAACUUCUACAAGUCGUACAGGGGGUCACAACAUGCAGGAACAGAGCACAUUUCCAAAGCUACCGCCUUAAAGCGAAGUCUGCUUUCACAGAUGUGACCGCUACUGUCAGCACCUGAACGCUGCCUGCUCUUUGUGACGGCCACCUGGGAGACAGAAUCUGGUCCAAAUGUGAGGAAGUGUGAAAACUAGUGACAAAAAACUCCCGAUAAGAUGGUUUAUUACCGAAGAUGACUCACACGGAUCAAAUAAUGACUGUUCCAGAUUGUUAAAAGGGCGUGUGUGGUUGUCUAAUGGCCAUCAUUCGCUCCGUCAGGAUCUGAAAGUUAAGAUACUUUUCAUUUGGUGUAAAGGCUGACGCUUCCCCUUUCUCGGCUCUGAGCUCCCUCUCUGCUCUAGUUUAGAUCAACUCAACCUGCACAUCAUUCCUGAUGGAGGAAAAAAAAAAAAAAAAAAAAAA